AUGCGGCACUCUUCACGUCUUGCGCAGGCUUUGUCCUCAUCCUCCUCUGCUGCUGCGUUGGGCAAAGUUACUCCUAAGGCGUCUUCGUCACCCCCGCGGCAAGAGAAUGGGUGCCAUGCAGCUAUGUUGUUUAUGCAGCGUCAUCGUUUCUUUGCACCAAGGGCGUAUUUGGCGGGUGCCACGACGCAUUGCAUUGCUGCAUCACCUUCUAUUCGCCGUCGACGUCGGUAUGAGCCAUACUCAUGGGUCCUGCAACGAUAUCUUGAGCGUGGGUCGGUUGACCUUGACGUGUUGCUUUUCCACCCUGAUGCCCCGUCACCUGUGGAAACGUUGCUUGACGUUAUGCGACAUCGUACACCGUGUCAACGUCUUACGGUACAUGCACUGGAGGCGGCGUUUAAUCAAGUGCGUCUAACUUCUUCAGCAGGCAACGCGUCCUUUGCGUUGCAGACGGUGAACUAUUUGCUGCGGUGGCGGUGCCCACAAUUAUACGACAUUCAAGCUGUGCGAGUGCUGCUAUGUCAGGCACUGCUCGCUGAGCGAUUGUUUAGUGAUGCCAUUGAGGUCCUGGAAAGUAUGCCGGAUGCCUGGAUCACCCCGGGGCUUUGGGCGGCUGUGAUGGAGGCGGCAGCGGAGGGAAAAAUGCCGCACUCGCCGAUCCUCUGGCGCCUACUGACGCUAUCGCCAAGGCAGACUCCCCGCGCAGGCAGCGUCAUACGAACGGGGCAGUGCAUCUCCUCGGAAUUGCUGAGUAAUGGGGCGGUUGUAGAGACAACGACUUCAGCGAAACACACUGGAGAGACAGAUGAGGGUUAUAGUAAUGACUAUAGGAAUAGUAGACACACCAUGAAGGAUGGUGAGAUGGUGACAAUGUCGACGUUUGAGGUUCGUGUAACCUCGGUGAAGCGUCUCGCACAGGACACCGAUCGGCCUGUGUGGUGUCAUUUGAGCAUAGCGGAGGUGGGUUACGCGGAGCGGCACUACGGGGCCCUGCGUGAUGAGCGGGCAUGGGGGCUGGGUACAUUGUACCCCGGCAAUGGGGAUGCUGCAGCCGAGGGCGUUGUUUACGGGCUUGAUGCGCGUCUGGCUUCACGACUGAUGUUGCGUGCGAAUGUGUCUUUUUCUGGGCAGGCAUCGCCACUGAUUGCCUUGCAUAUCCUUCGUCGUUAUCUUCGUACGUGCUACGUGAUGCAGAAACAGGCGUGUUUGCCGAGUGCCACUGCCCCUGCCACUCCCACCGGGACGUCUUCACUGGCAACGGCGCACGCAAACACGGUCGUCGCACCUGGUAGUCACCGUGUACCAUCCUCCGUUGCUCUGAUGAGGGGGGAUGGGACGAGAACUGUGGAGAAGGAAGGUCAAAUUCACCCCUCGCCCUUUUUGUUGUUUUUUAAAAUUGUUCGUGAGGCCCGAGAUGUGGUGGCUGGUGGCAGUGACCUCGGCGUGGUGUCGGGUGCGUCACCCAUCACCCCUUCUGGCGGCGGGCUGCCGAUGAUUCACUGGGGCCUUGUCUGGAGGUUCUUCCAAACCCUGAACCGCGAGUCCCCGGCGUGGUUUGGCGUUAUCCCGGAGGAGGCGGGUGACCUCGCGAGGUACGUCAUUGAUGCCCUCUGCCGCGGGGCCGACCCGUGGAUGUCGCUCAAUGUUGCCCGCGCUGUGUCCUCGCGCCAUAUUGUUGACGGCCUUGACAUGUCGCUUUGGCUUCUGCACCGUCUCGACGCCUCCCACCACACCGAGGAGGCCUGUGAGGUGACGAAGAAGGUCUUUCGCUGGCUGCUGGUGGACGUGGGGGUCCACCUGCUUCCACAGCUGCACCAUCACCUGAUACCAGCCUCACGGGUGCUGAUCCGGCUGGGGCUGCAUGAGGAGCUGAAACAGUUCUAUAACGCCGUGCUGGACAACGCGUACACCUUCUCGGAGGGCUUCCGUGCUGACUUUAUGCGCGUCAUGGAGGAUCUGGUGUGUCCUAUGUGCAGCUCUAUUUUGCCGGAGCGGGACGUCUACGUUGAGCGCUCCUGCCCGUUGUGCCUGACGGUUGUGCCGGCGAAGGACCCAAGCGCACUACCAAGUUUUCAGCUGUCAAACGAUCACGUUGCUAGCCUCCGCGAGAAACGGAAAAAUCUCCGCGAAAGAGGCAGGCGACGACUGCAUGAUCGCAUCAAUCGCUGGUCAAAGGGCGGCGGCGGUGAUGGAGCAGAGGAAUCCGUGCCUUCUCAUGAGAUGGGCGUGACAUCGUCACUAUCCUCCAUACGACCACCACCAGACGCCCGCAGUGUGUUUAAGCGCGAGAUCCUGGGCGAGACAGUGCCGCUCAUACCUGGCGUAUCCGUGAAAGAAGGCAUGCCGCUCUUCCCACUUGAGGGGGGAAGCCACGGUACAGGUAAUGGGGGCGCAGAUGAUUCCGAGGUUCCCUUUGACGUUCAUGCGGCUAUGGAGGAGUCAUCGAGACGCCUGCAGUUGCAGGAGGCGGCCAGGCGCUACGCCUUGGCGCAGCGUGGGGUGGUGGUAGCCGUUGCACGACACCUGGCGGCACCACCAUCGCUGCUAGCAUCGGAUGCGUCUAGCGCAAUGCUGCAACAUCAACAAUCAGAGUGGAAGCGUGGGCAGCAGUCGAAGUUGCUCAUGCACAUGCGCAUGGAUGGCCCAUGGACGUGUGUGUGGUGUCAGGAGCACAACUCGGAGUGGAGUUCACGGGUGGAGUGUGCAGCCUGCGGGGCUGAAACGGGUCCAUCUGCGCCAUGGCGUCAUUUUGCCUACGCUGACUCGGGUGAUGUCAUGACAGAGAUUAGAGCCCGCAUUGCGAAUGCUGGAGAGCGUCCUGUGGAUGCCGUUGUUGCUGCAUACAUGCUUAUGGUGUAUCGUCGUGCCGUCAUGUUAAGGGCCACCCCGCACGAUCAUGAGCGAAUUGAUCAGUUGAUACAACGCCUCUGUUGGCUGCAGGAACGGGUGCUGGCAGGGUAUUUGUACGUUCGGUUUGUUUCACCACGUUUACGGUGCAAGAAUAACACGUUAUGGGCAGUGGCGACCCUGUUUGGCUGCAGUGAGGCGGAAUAUGCGGCGAUUUCCCCACAGGAGUUGAUCCAGAACGAAGAGAAAUUUUUUCAGACCAUUUUUACCUCUACCACGUGUAAGGUGUGCUUUGGUUUACAUGCCUGGAAGACAUGCCCCAUCAUCACACGGGACUUUUCCUCAACAGCACGUGUAUCUAUUAACAUGACCAUGGAGGAGAAACAGCGGGCGAUGCUGCAGCGUCUACGACUUGUUGUGGAGGCGGCAUUGCGAUGUGGCACUGAUAAUAGUCGCCUUGUGGUGGAUGCCUACACCACCUUUGUGAAGUCCCCUUACCGUGAGCUCUUUGCGGAGGUUCACAGCGUGGAGGUGAACCGCCUAUCCAUUCUCCUUAGUCACUAUCAUCAGUACCGACGGGCUGCGUUUGUCCUCUGCCACAUUCCCCUGCAUCUUCGGGACGACCGUGCCUACCUGGCCAUGACGCAUUACUUCAACGUUCCUGCAGAAGAGGCACGGGAGCUGCUGCGGAAACGGAGCGCAGUUGGGGUUGAGGACGAGAGUCAUCCAAACUUUGUCCAGGUGGCCCUCACCUGCUGCAUGUGCCUUGACGAGCGACAUGCCUCCUUUGAGUGCCCGCGACUUGUACUGUGGAUGAACGAAUUAGAUGCACAUUCUGCUUCGGUGGCUGUUACAGCAGCUGAAGCGGCCUUGUAUGACCCUCUGCAAGGGGACCAGCGGGCAAAGCGGUUGCGGGCCCAGGUGGACGGAUGGACUUCUGCUGGUCCCGAACGGCUGCACGCGUUCUAUCGAUUUUUGCUACAGCGCGUGGACUCCUUUCAGGAGGAAGUUCAAGUGGAAGGCGAUGACGAUCAUGACACCACUGAUACUGCCACCGCAGCAUCCACGGCACGUAAACCACGACGACGCAUUGACGCGGCUGAUCUCAUUGUUUACGCUGUCAAUAAAACCAUUGCGAAGCUGGCAGCGGUCGGACAUGAGAAGGGGGCUUGCCGACUGUAUGCGAGGACUCCUGCAGAUUUCAUCUCCUGUCACACCACGUGUGCGAUGCUGCGCAUGCAGCGAUUCUCCGAGGAGAGUAUCCGCACACUGUUGAACAGCGGCACUGCAGCUUCGUCGUUGUCGUCGUCACCGUCGACGAUGGAUGAUGAGGCGGUGCUGGGUGUGUUUAGCGAGCCAGCUGCAGCGGCAGCGGUACCCAUGCAUUGCCGCUGUCUCCUGUGUUUUGACGUGAGUCAUGCAUACUUGGAUUGCCCUGAGUUGGCAGCACAGCCGACAAAUGCGGCGAAGCUUGAAUACAUGGCAACGCAAGUGGGCGGUAUUCACUGCACCAUUGACGGCAUCCGCGCCGCUACGGCCUACGUGUACCACAUGUACAACCUUGGCAACCUCACAGGGGAGAUGCUUCGGGCGCACCCCUCCCUUGUGCGGGCGCUUCUCCGCCUCAUACGGCGUUCGUUUGCGACAGGACAAGUGGCUGCGGGCGCUCGUGUGUUGCGGCGGAUUCCCAUAGAACUUGUGCCGCCCACGCGUGUGUACACCGAUCUAUGGCGUGCGGCAGGGUUACCGGAGGAGGCAGUGGAGGAGCGUCGGGCGCAGUUGGUAGCGAUAUACGAGGCGGAGGGGCUGGUGCCGGACAUUGACAAUCCACCCGCGCGCCAGACGUACACCAAUCAGUUGGUCACAAAUUUGAGUCGCACCCUGCACGAUGAUCUCUGCAGGCACUGCUAUCAACACGGCCACACGCUGGCAACCUGCAGUGUGUUUCACGCCGAGGUUAGCUUUGGCCGGGACUACGUCGCCGCCUACCGCAUGAGUAUGAUGUCAGAACAGCUGGAUCGGGAUUGGCAGGAUGCCUACCUUUUAAAGCUGGCUGACUUUUUUCUGUCGCAUCGACUCUUCAUGCCGUACCACAUUGUUGGCGUCACGAACGCGUUGAAUGCCAUUGCGGCCAUGUGGAGCUUCCGCGGGGAACCUGGCAUCGCCAUGCGGCACCUUCUUGCCAUCGCACCCGCCUAUCGUCGUCGACAGGCCUUUAAACACAUCCUUCACGCACUACACAUCCCCAUGGCGGAUAUAAAUCGGGUUCUUGCCAAUGUUUACUUUGUACCAGAUGAGCUUUCAUCCUCAUUUCCGUCGGGCAAGCGGCGGGAUGACUCCCCUGCACCGACAAGCAGUGAUGGCGGUAAGGGAAGCAGCAGCGUUAGCGGCGGUGCGGUGGCACAGCACUUACUGAUGCCGAAGCCUGCAAUACGUGAUGUGGCCAUGUCAGCUGUGUUUAACCACUUCCCUGAGGCCCUGGUAGCUCUGGAGCAGAGUGAGGAACGCAUGGCGAUGAUCCGCCGCCGCAACGCAACACAGCGAACGGUGACGGCUCCGCACACUGGCGCCGCCACCAUCGUGGCAAAGGAAGGUGCAAUGAAACCGCCCCCGGACACAGUCGUCAGCAAAAGCUCAGCUGUGGAGGCUUCCUCCCCCACGCAUUCCCCCGCGCUGCGUGUAAUGCAGAGUGGUGACAUUUUGAGCCUUCGAGAGGACUUUGAUCCAGUGCUGACGGAGUUGGAGGUGGCGGUGGGGAUGAAGCUGGGCAGUCGACACGUGCUCUUUACGAGCGCCGUGGACAUUCUCACUGCGGCGAACAAAUCGGAUGAUGUCAGGCGGGACAUGCCCGCUUCCUCGCCAUCCCCGAGGACGGUUGCAUCCGCGGCAGUCGAAAGGCAGAGGGGAGAGGAGACGCGCCACGCCUCACGGGAACCGCAAAAGUCGGACAGGGACGCAGUCGUUACAGUCUUCACGAAUGAGGUGCGACAGGGGCGGCCAGAGGGCAAAAAAGGGGAGCCCCGCAGGUGGGAGGAUGACCGUGGCGGCAAACGAUCCUUCCCGUCGCCGCACGGACAAAAGAGGGAGACCUUCGGCCACUCGGCUCCACGUCAGCAGCAGGGAAAACAACAACAACAGCAGCGGCAGCAACACUACUCGAGGCAACCCCGAUACCACGAGAGGCAGCAGCAGCGGCAGGGCCAACGGGGAGCAGGCGGGAAUUCUCCAAAGCACUCGAAUCGGUCGUAG